GGAGAGAAGGAAAUAAAAAAGCGAAGGAGGGCUGCCAGGUAGCCAGCCAGCUUCCCCUCUCCUCUCUUCCCCCAAUUCGCCCUCAAAUCCGCCGCCCCGCAUUUCCCGACCCCCCCGCAGAUCUGGGACCCUACCCCGCCGGAUCGCCGCGCCGCCGCGGGACUCGCGCGAUCCGAUCCCGCCGCACCCAGUCGCCAAGUUGGCGCCGCAGCGGAGGUCGCAGCGCCUCGCCGGCGGCGGCGCGGGGUCCGCCGCCGCCGCCGCGGGUGCUGGAGGGGCGUCCGCGCAGGCCGCCGACAUGGGGGACUCGAGCGACGCCGUCAUGGCGCGGUGGCUGCAGUCCGCGGGGCUGCAGCACCUCGCGGCCUCGUCGGCGGGCCCCGCCGGGGACCAGCGUGGCGCCGGCGUGGGGGGCCUUGGAGGCGCCGCCGGAGGAGCGGGCAUGCUGCCUAGUCUGCUCAUGCAGGGCUAUGGACCACAGUCAGUUGAAGAGAAACAAAGGCUAUAUAUGCUGUUGAGAAACUUGAAUUUUAACGGAGAAUCUUUGCCUGCAUCAGUCUCUGAGCCCUAUACACCAACUGCUCAGAAAUUUGGCAGUGGGACUUCCGCAGAGGGUCUGUAUUCACCUGAACUUAGAGGUGAACUCGGAGCUGGUCUUCUGGAUCUCCAUGCUAUGGAUGACACUGGACUUCUUUCUGAGGAUGUAGAUUCAGAACCAUUUGAGCCUUCACCCUUUAUGCCAAAGGAAAUUGAUGAUGAUGAGGAUGAUAUGAUAACAGGAAGCCAGCUAGGUCCAGCUGAUAACUAUAAUGCAGUGACGAGUGAAAAGGAGAUCAAUACUAGAGAAAAUAAUGUAGCGAAGAUCAAAGUUGUGGUAAGAAAGAGGCCCCUGAACAGAAAAGAGUUAUCUCGAAAGGAAGAUGAUGCUGUAGCUGUGCAUGAUUCAUCUUCUUUGACAGUUUAUGAACCUAAGCUGAAGGUCGACUUGACAGCUUAUGUGGAGCAGCAUGAAUUUUGUUUUGACGCUGUCCUGGAUGAGGAUGUUUCUAAUGACGAGGUGUAUCGUGAGACAGUGGAACCCAUUAUACCAAUAAUAUUCCAGAGAACAAAAGCGACAUGUUUUGCUUAUGGACAAACAGGUAGUGGGAAGACAUACACAAUGCAACCUUUGCCUCUGAGAGCUGCUCAAGACAUGAUUCGUCUUUUGCAUCAACCUGUCUACCGGAAUCAAAAUUUUAAGCUGUGGCUCAGCUACUUCGAGAUAUAUGGUGGGAAACUCUAUGAUCUUCUAUCAGACAGAAGACACUUACUGAUGAGGGAGGAUGGCAAGAAACAAGUUUGCAUAGUCGGUCUGCAGGAAUUUGAGGUUUCUGAUGUCCAGGUUGUCAGGGAAUAUAUUGAGAGGGGAAAUGCAGCAAGGAGCACAGGGUCUACAGGGGCCAAUGAAGAGUCAUCGAGGUCACAUGCCAUUCUGCAACUGGCUGUGAAGAAGCAUAUUAUAGUAACUGAAACUAGGAGACAAAGGGACAGGGAUGCCAAUGAAGCUAAAAACACAAAGGCAGUGGGAAAAAUAUCUUUUAUUGAUCUUGCUGGAAGCGAACGUGGCGCUGAUACAACAGAUAAUGAUAGGCAGACAAGAAUUGAAGGUGCAGAGAUAAACAAGAGCCUCCUUGCUCUGAAGGAAUGCAUCCGGGCCCUUGACAAUGAUCAGAUACACAUUCCUUUCAGAGGAAGCAAGCUCACAGAGGUUCUCCGUGACUCAUUUGUUGGCAACUCUAGGACGGUGAUGAUUUCUUGCAUUUCUCCCAAUGCAGGUUCAUGUGAACACACGUUAAAUACGUUGAGAUAUGCCGAUAGGGUUAAAAGUCUUUCAAAGGGUGGCAACACAAGAAAGGAGCAGUCUACUGCACCAACUAUUCCUUCCAUGAGGGAGUCUUCAUCUGCUCCAUCCUAUCCUUUAUCUGUUGAGGCUGAAGAAGUACCCAACCAGAUCCAGGAGAAGAGACCUGUCGAUAUAUCUAGGAGAGGCGCUGAAAAUUUUACCUCCAACUCUUCGAUGGAGCCUGACAGGAAUAACUUUAGUAUGAUCCCAAGUUAUUCUAAUAGAGGAAAAGAGGAAAACGGUGCAUCUGGUUUGAAUGAUAGGGAGAGGGUUGAUUUCAGUUCUGGCCGAACUGUUUACAACAGUAAAGCACAGUUAAUUCAGAAUUCAGCAAAUGCACAAGAGGAUGAAAAGGUUACGAGAGUCUCACCUCCCAGGAGGAAGGUCAUAAGGGAAGACAAGUCUGAAAAGCAGAACUACAUGAAAAAGGAUAGUGGAAUCGAGGCAAGUCGGCCUGGAUAUAAGGUGCAGCAGGUAAGGCAGUUGCAACAGCAGCAACGACCAACAUCUGCUUCAGCUUCUCAGGUUUCAAGGCAAUCUGAAAAAGAAAGUUCAUGUGAUGAUGUGGAGAUAGAUGCCAUUCUCGAGGAAGAGGAGGCCCUCAUUGCAGCUCACAGGAAGGAAAUCGAGAAUACAAUGGAGAUCGUGCGCGAAGAGAUGAACCUUCUGGCAGAAGUUGACCAACCAGGCAGCCUUAUUGACGACUAUGUGACACAAUUGAGCUUUCUUUUGUCACGCAAGGCUGCAGGCUUGGUCAGCCUCCAAGCACGCCUUUCAAGGUUUCAACAGCGCCUCAAAGAGCAGGAGAUCCUUAGCCGGAAGAAAUCAUCCAGAUAGCUGGUCAUCGCUCAUUGACUCCGGCCUUUUGCCUGCUCAGUAAAUUUACAGGAGCUUGACCGCAUUUCUUGAGAUGUUUCUCUUCUGUGGUCUCCUGUAAUGUUGGACCUGAGCAAGGAGCUAAAAGAAGACACCGCAUUGGCUCAGGACUGGGUGAGUUGACUGGUUGAUGCCAUUUCGUACUCGGUUGUCAGGUUUGAUCACCAGUUUGCGAGUAGUCCUUCUCACAGUUUGGCUGCACGGGCUUGUUUUUUUUCCGGCAGAUGCAUGGCUUGCCCUCAAUGCCGUUUUCCUUUGUAUGAGGAGACGUCCGACGUAACUGUUUGCAGAUAUGGAUGGGUUGAUUUUUGGCAGCGGCUCCUGUACUAUUGUGGACACAGAUACAUUAUUGUUGUAUUCUUUACUGAUAUUGUUUUUGUCGACAAAUGAAAAUGUGUGUUUGUGUGUGUGUGGCAAAGGACUUGAAAGUUUUCCCCCCAUUGUGCCCAGUGAAAAUUUCAGACAGGUAUGAUUAUGAAUGGUUUGUGACUA